AUGGCACAAGACGCAAACACAGCAAGUAGCACACCAGGCCGAAUAGCAAACAUGAAGAUUGGACUACUGGCGGCGGCGUUAGGCGGCCUGGCGGCCGCGCAGAACCUCUACGACCGCAAUCCGCACGUCAUGGAGCUGACUGCCAAGACGUUCAAGCGGGCUGUGCACGGAACGAACCACACGACACUUGUUGAGUUCUACGCGCCUUGGUGUGGCUACUGCCAAAAACUGAAACCCACGAUGGAACGCGCAGCGCGGGCCCUGGACGGGCUGAUGCAGGUCGCAGCGGUCAACUGCGACGUGGACGCCAACAAACAGCUGUGCGUCAAGCACGACGUCCGGGGCUACCCGACUCUGGCAGUGUUCCAGCCGGCGCCGGCCAAGGCGGGCGCGCGUGCACGCCACGUGCGCGAGCUCUACCAGGGCCAGCAGAAGCUUCGGCCGCUGGUAGACUUCAGCCUGGGGCGCAUACGCAAUCACGUGCGCCGCUUGGACGGCGACAAACUCCGCGCGCUGUUCGACGAGGGCGGCCCGCGGCCCGCAGCGGUGCUCGUGUCGGCGCGCGAGCGCGUGGCGCCGCUGUACAAGAGCAUGGCCAUCGAUUGGUUGGGCGCGGUAGACUUCGCCUUUGUGGCGGCCGCGAAGCUGCCCAAGGACACGCCCGUGCCGGACCGCCCCGGGCUUGCGCCGUGCGCCGAGCACCUGGCCGAGCACCUUGAUCGUAGUGCGCUGCUGCUGUUUAACCCGCAGGCCGACGAGUGCCGCGUCUACAGCGGCGAGCUGACCAAGCCCGCCGUCGCGGAGUUUCUCUCGCAGGCUGCCAUGCCGCGGGAGGGCCCGCUCUCGAAGCGCGAGCGCUUCCUGGAGACGCUGAAGGGCAAGAAACGUACUCGCGGGCCGGACCACGACGACCGCGACGAGCUGUAA